AUGUGGGACUGGGAUCGGGCUUCAAGAGACGACUUUAUGGGCGCCUUGUCAUUUGGCGUUUCUGAAAUUAUAAAACGACCCGUUGACUGCUGGUUCAGGUUACUCAGUCGAGAAGAAGGUGAAUUCUACUCAAUCCCCUGCACAGACGAGGCCUCCAGGUACUUCGGCUCCGGUAAUUCGAAUUGUAUGGUAAGUCUUCUAGAGCCGAAUCAAGCUGUUUUAUUCUGCUAAGGUAGAUGGUCGUUCAAACCUAGAAGUUAAAAAAAAAUUGGAUUACCAAAGAUGAAGUUAUUUAAAAUUCUAGUCUUUAUUUUCAACUCAGAUGACAGUUUGAACACUGGUCUCAACGAGAUCCAUCGUGUCUCCACAGCAGACUAAAAGCAAUUUACGACGACUUGUGCGUGAAUUAGCCCAUAAUGGUGGUAGACUUGCGUAGCAUCUACUGCACUCUCCUCCCCACCCGUGCCGGUGUCAGGAUAUGGCCGAAAAGACCGGAGGCGGGAGAGGACGUGAGCGAUUGACACGGUGAAUGAGACCGCGCCUUGGCGUACGAUCACAUCCCCUGCUCCACAGCACACUCUGAUCAGGAUUUUAUACACCUAGGAAAGCGACAAGAAGACUGGUCGGAACCGAAAUCGGCGCUGCCGAGAUUGCGCCUAGGCGUGCUACCAUGCCCGGUUCAGAUCCCACGGAGUGGGAGUGUCAUACGGCCUGACUCUCAGACCACCAGCCGGCCACUCCACACAAGCACACAACACUGGGCCGACUGCGAGGUCCAAGCUUUCCCGUCAGUUGGCAGUCCUCCAUGCCAGAUCAGAAAGAGAAGGAUGACACAGGUCGCUGCCCGACCAUGCACACGACCUGUAUACCCAGCGUGAGCGCAAGCUCAUGCACCGGCCAAGAAUCAGGUGCCAGAGAACCGUCAGCCCACACCAGACUGUGAGAGCCACGGUUUGCUGAGGCGUGGCAUAGCGAACGCACACAAUCCCCAAAGCUCACAAUUAAGCUCAGAUAUAAAUAGAACAUAAGCCCUGCAGUCCUGACGUUAAACAGUAAUAGCUCCUUCCAUUACGUAAUUAUCAGGGGCUGAUUGACAGAUACUUCUUAAUAGGUACCAGGGCUUAAACUCUCUUUUCCUGAGAAAGGCAGAAAGCACGCAAGUUUGACCAUUAAGCCAAAACAACAAAGACUCCUGUCACGAGAUUGAGAAACAGCAGUUGAUAUGACGUCUGCUGAAAAUGUCUACCACCAGAUGCAGUCUUAGUCGCUGAGGUAGCACGAUUUAGACAGGAAGCAUUUUCAACACACGUACAGGUUUUGCUUUUGCAUUUAGGCGUCGCCCAUUGAGCGGAGUGGAGGCAGCCUGGAGGCGAUUCGGAUUCGGAGCAAACAGGACACACUUCGCAUUUCAGACUUCAAAUUCCUCCGGUUACUUGGCCGGGGCAGUUUUGGAAAGGUAAGUUGAAGAAAAAAAAUUGCAAAAAGGAGAGUUAUUUUGGUGGAAACUAGUCGAUAAAAUGGGCUUCGGUUAGCCUUUUGUAAGUGGAAUCGGAUAAUGCCACUUAGAAUACGAAAUACUGCGAUUUGAAUCGAGAGCAUGGGUAUGGUAUGUAACCCUCUUGGGGAGACCGUAGUUAGCUCUAACCGCGGCCAUACCUGCAAUAGGAAGUUUAUAACCCGUAGGCAUUUAACGAAAACUCAGACGUAACCGUAACCCUAAGGUAAGCCCCUAAACCUUAACCCUAACCCUAACCCUAAAUCCAACACGUAGCCUAAGCCUGGCGACCCUGAUUCCAGGAAUAACCCAACUAACGCCGAUUCUAACCUUUGUCAAAACCCUAACCCUGAACCCAAACCGGGCAGAUUUAAUGUCAGUAACGCUACUGGGGGUCAAAAUCCUCUUUCCGCAUAAUCCUUUCGCGACGUACUGCCAGGUAAACCGUUAUGAAGCACAUAAAACUAGUUAUGAUAAGAAGCUUGAAGUAAUAUUUCCCCGGAAUGAAUUUAAAGCAGGCAUAGACAGCAGAAUUUAUUGGAACCAGUAAAUUUUGCGACGGCUUAUCAACUGCAGUCUGUCGUUGCAUAACGCAGAUAACAAGUGAGAAAGAUACAGAAGUUUAACCUUUCAGAGAGAAAAUGAAUGUAAAACAUCAAGGUCAUCGUAUUCUGCACGUAGAUUGGUCAACAAAAUGGUAACUUGAAAACGCAACAUAGGAAGGGAAAUGGGGAAGUUAACGCGCCUCAAAACAGCCCUGCCUAAACGGGAAUAUCCAACACGAUUCAUCGAAUAGUAUAGCAACAGUUUACGGCCAAAAUUGACGGAGAAAUCGGUUCUGAAAAAGCCCGUUGUAAUAUCUUCACCCUUUAAGGGUGACAACAUCUCUAAUACCAUCAAGCGGCGAUUCAGAUGCACUAUUGACAGAACUUACAACUCAGCUGAACUCAUCUUCUGCAGCCUUACUAAGGCUAUCCAAUUUCCACGGGCGAAGGAUGCCUUGCCAUUGCACGCCACGUCAAAUUUUGUUUAUGAAUUAACAUGCACUUGUGGAGGCAAGUACAUUGGGCGAACGCAAAGGCAACUGGCAGCCAGGACAGCUGAACAUCGGCCUAAAUGGCUUCUAAAGCAGGCGAAUAAGAUUCCACGGUCUUUUAUUACAAAACACCUCCUUGAGAGCGGUCAUUUGGUUGACCCCAAAACACCUUUUCGAGUAUUAGUUCGAGCACGAACAACUCGGUUACUGCGCCACCUGGAGGCAGCCCACAUAUGGCGAGAAAAACCCGACCUAUGUAAACAGUUAGACAAUGUGGUCAACCACAGCUUGCCCUGGUAGAUCUGAACACUUUUGAUUUACGAAAACCCUCGGCGUGUCAACUUUCCCAUUUUCUUUCCUAUGUUGCGUUUUGAAGUUAUCAUUCUGUUGAUUAGUCUACGUGCAGUAUACGAUGACCUUGCUGUUUUGCACGGAUUUUCUCUGUCGAAGUUCAAACCUCUGUAUCUUUCUCACUUGUUAUCUCUGUUAUGCAACGACAGGCUGCAGUUGAUAAGCCGUCGCGAAAUGUACUGGUUUCAAUAAAUUCUGCUGUCUAUGCCUGCUUUAAGAUAAGAAGGUAGGCUUUUGACCAACCACCCAGAGGGGGGGGGGUUACAUAUCCUACCCUUACCAAAUUAAGUUAAAUUUAGCGCAUAUUGAUAGCUUUUUGAACCUUUCCUCUAAAAAAUCUGAGACAACUAAUGGACCCUUACCCCAUCUGGUUUCAGUUUUAAUGGAAAAGGCCACGACUGCAGUUAGCUAUUUAACUAAAUGUGUCGAAUGUCAAUUGUUAACGCGAUGAUCAGAACCGAACUUCAAAUAAACCAUUGAGAUUGAAUAAGGAGUCUUCCUGACAACUUCUGCAUGUGGCAGGCGCUGAGAAUUGCCCAUUUACUCUGCAUAGCCCGCUGUUUCUUUUGUUAACCAUGAAUGAACUACCGGACGUCGUACGGAAAUAGUUGUCCGCCAGCUGUUUACUUAGCUUUCUUCCUACCUGAUUGGCAACCUGCAGAUGGACAGUAAUCCAACAGAAAGCCGACCGAUAAUGAGGAAGUGUGGUAGAAGUUAGAAGAAAGUCCUUUUUUCGUUGAGACUUUAACAAAAAUGUGUAAAUGCGACUUAAGAAUCGGGCCUGACGACGAAGAACUUUCGUGUCAAAGUUGCGUAGAUUCUAGGUAGAAUAGUUAAUUCAGAAAACCGCUUUAAAAAAUAGAUCUAAUUCGGUUCCCGGAAGCUCCAUGCUAAUCAUCCAGCUGAGCUCAUUCCAAGCUUACAGUGAGGCGUAAAUUUAAAUAACCGCUGAUGAAACUAUAGCAUACGGGUACUUGGCUUUAAUAUGCAAUUCACUGUCCUGUCUCAAGCGUUUCUUGGCCUCGCGCUGAUUGUUGUCAAAAGCAAGAUCAACUUACGCUGAACGCAAAUUUGUCUCAAAACUGGCUUUCGGAAGUAUAAAUAAUUGAUUCCGUUUGAUGCGACUUUUGCCGUAGAUGAGCUAAUUGCACUCACUCGUCCUCAUUCUGGAGCAAGGAGAUCUGCCAUUGGUUAAUAAAUGGCGCACUGCAUAGUUAAUUCCCGAGCCUCCAGCUAUUUCGUGGUCGAAAUUAGAAGUUUCUGGAUCUUAAACGAGCCUUUGGUGGUUCGCCAACCAUAUUAGGGAGACUUGCACAGCAUCGAUUCCACUAUGUCCUUCCCCCGCGCUGUCUCCUCGCCCCACCGUCAUUACAUCGCCAUUUAGUGAUGCAUUUGUUGCAAGACUACUAGCCGUGAAAUGGGUCAUUGUAGCUGGCAUUACAAGUACGUGUAUGUGAGGCAAAAUCGGCAAGAUGUGGUUAUGUAGCCGCACCUGAUGGACGCAAUAAUUUUGACCUCCUUAAUUAUUUGACGUUGGUGUGAUUACGUUUGCAUGGUGUUGCUGUGCGUUGCGGUGUAUGUUCUGUUGGCGGUCUUGUUUCAUUGUUGCCGUGUCUACAUUUUUCAACUCAAUGCCGGUGGUCCUUCUUGACCUUCGACCUGUCGUUUCCUUCUAACUUUCGCGUUGGAUGUUUCACAGUUAGGGUUUAGGGCUGCGGUUAAGGGUUAGGGCUAGGGUUAAAGCUUAUGCUUCGGGUUGAUGUUAUGGUAAGGGGUUAAGGCUUAUGGUUAGGGGUUUGGGCUAGAGGUUAGGAUUAGGAGUUAUGGCUUAGGGUUGGGGAUGGGGGUCAUUGCUAGGGUUUAGGGUAAGGGUCAGGGGUUAGGGUUAGGAAUUAUAACUAGGGGUUAGGGUUAGGAAUUAUAACUAGGGGUUAGGUUAAAGGGUUAGGAUGAGGGUUACGUGUUAGGGCAACUAUUUCUUAACCACUCAAAGUUCAACCGCGCAUUCCCAAUAGCUUUUAUUUUGCAUACAAUUACUUGACCUCGCCGCCUGUGCGUUUCCCGGCCCCACCUGUAAAAACUCCUAUUAACGCCGGUCCCGUAUUACAGGCGACUGGGCUUUGUUUACCUCAGACGGGGUUACAUAACUGCACCUGACCUAGGCUUUUUGAGAACAGUGAUAGUUUACUGUAAAGCCGAUAUACAAUUGGCCCGAUAUAUGCUACUACCAACUCAAAUUCACGUUUUCUACACGAAUUCCGAGGGUUUUUAUUUAUAGAACUAAACUGCAUUUUGCAAACUGCUAGUGCAUUUACGCAGAAAGCAUCACUGUAGGUAAUGGCGUGAGCUGCCUGAGAAGUUUAAAAAACGAUUUGGCGACCGGCUGAGUGGUACUUAGGGGGGAUUAACGCGAGCAAACUGCAAGCGUUCAUCUGGUCCAGAGUACCGUUCGUUAGAGCAAUCCUCAUGCACUUGAGUUAUGCUCGGACUACUUUACUCUAGGGUGCAUUUUGAAAUUAAAAAAAAACUCAAUCUUGACGCCGAGCCAGCUUCGCACGUUUCCUCGUCCGCGACAUACAUUUUUGCUGCGGUUUUCCUCUGAUUUGGAGCAGAAUGUACAUUUUUAGGGGGUUUUACUACAUCACCUGAUUUUGUUUAAUGCCCUACUUUCAAGGACUUCAUGAGCGCCAAUGCGCUCUGUUCAAGCAGUAUGAACUGAAAAAAGGCAGCAUUUUCCUUUUAUUUGUAAAAAAUUGGGCUUCUUCACAUUCGAGCUAAUUACCAACUUCAUGGAAAACUGAAUUUGAGUUCUGUUGCGUGAGGCGAUUGUCCACUCGCUUAAUAUUAUAUAGAAAAAAAAACAAGUAGAUUCCAGUCAUUUCAGCUCGGCGAAACCAUGCAUUCACUUCUCCGACUAGUCAUUGCUCACCUGAAAAAACCCGCUAAUGGAAAUUUAUUCACCAAAAUGUCACCAAUCAUAUUUUGGUAACGUAAAUCCAUCAAGCACCGUCCAGCGACUUGCUGGGCUAACUCGGCCACAAAUGAGUGUUAAAUGGGACACUGACAUGUCAGAUAAUUAUACCUUUUUUCCACGGAGUUCGGCUCUUCUUUUUUACCCACCUUUAGUAGCCCCAUCGGUGGAGUAUGACGGUACUUUGACCACGUUGUUUGGGCCAUGCUGAUCAAUAGUACUAUCCCACGCAAGUAAUACAUUCCAGGCGAAAACACAUUUUAAAAUUUUGGUCAAAAUUUCAUGACAUAAGCCAACUGAUGUAUGAGAUGAGAGAUAUCCGUUGCGAGGAGUUGGGACUGUCUUGUCUGAGGCCAAGUCCGUGUACAUCAGUCGACAGUAGCGGCAAUAAUGUCCUCGAGUUCUCGCUAGCUUUCCACGUCCUUCUGGGGAACGACUGGCCGAACGGAUGCCGGUCUACGCAGAUCUUGGUUACCAUUACAAUAUCGUGACCUGUCAACAGACGCCCGGAGGUCACGCAAUUCAUGCAAAAAUUCCCGGAUUUUGAUGAGGAUGUCGUUCCUACUCCGGCCGUUUUGCAAAACCCUAACACGAGACCGGGAACCGCACGAUCUGCUUCACAUCGGGUACUUGUGACCUGCGUAUUAGUCUGCACAUUUAAAACAGUUCAAUUUUAUAUUAUUUAAUCAUAAAGGUGGUUGUCUCCGUGUCAGUAUCAAAACUUGAGAAUACAAUUUAUUUGGUCGACCGCCACUUACUUGGGACAAAUGCGAUAGAGUACAGACAGAUGGCGUGUAUGCAAACUAAUUCAGCCAACAGGACCAUCCUUUUUGCGUACUUAGGCCGAGCGCAAGGGGACAGGUUGUCGUUGAGAGAAGAAACUGGGUGGUCUUCUGGUCGCAAGUCCAGCCAAGUCGGCCGAUGCUAGGGGCCACACACAGGUUGGCGGUUCGUGAACACCUUCAACGCAAGCGCCAACGCUGACUGAGCAGAUUCUGGAUGAUGGUAGGGCGGCGCGCGUUGGAGAUCUGAGGUUUGGUCUCAGCUGACUGAUAGCCCUCCCACCAUGCCACAAGACAAGAUGUACCGCUGGCCGAAAGAGCUGCCAAUCUGAGCCGACUUAAAACUUACGGCCGGGCAGCGACAAGCGAACAGAGAUCUGCCAUCCGUAGCACUGCAGACGAAAAUGGAAGCUCUAAAAGCACUGCAGUCUUUGUAUCUUGGGAGUGUUAGCAUGCCGCCAUCGGCUUUCAAGGACAAAGAAAGUUAGUGCAAGAGCCGGCAACGGUAGGGGGUAGGACCCACAAGUAGAUGACAACUACAAAAAUACGCCCCAAAAUUCUGUGUGACUGUGAACAUCACUUAUUAUUCGGCGUUCCCACUGUUUGAAAUUUCCUUCCCUUUCUGGCUUAAGGUAAACUUACCAGCGGAGCUUUAUGCAAAGUCCGUUAUUUCUUGAAAAUUGCGCUUUGUUUAUUUGUUAAUUAUCGCGCUCACAUUCUUUGCCAAAUGACAGCGUACGAUAAAACUUUCGACAGUAAUUUAUCGAUUUUCUGUGUCUUCCUGUUCUCCGUCCUGUGGGUUGCUCCACCCGUAAAACCCCCUCCAUCAGCAUCAACGGGCUAACUCAAGUUAGUUGUGAGUCCAACACCCUACCGUUGUCUAAGAGCCGCUGGCCAACGGGCAGCGUGGCUUCCCUGAAAAUAGGCAGGGGCUGUGACGAGAUAAUCCAAAAUCUUCCCCAAAUUUUCAUAUCUAUGUAAUAUGUGCGUUUAUGCUGGAGUGAGAUGGUUUCCGGAAUAAAUUAUUCGGCAUUUAAUUAUUUAAUCGUAGACUGUCUUCUUCUUUUCAACAACUGGUCAUUUGAAAAGUCAAGUUGGCAAACACGUGUUUUCGGUAAUUCUUCGUCAGGCCAAUACAGUUACAGGAAGGGAUGAAAAUGUACAAAAGUAACAGUGUUUAUAAGUGUCUCAAGGGCUAUUAAGUCACUAGCCCUCAUCUUCCCCACGCCGCCCGCAUGACGAGGUCGGCGGUUUUUGGUCCUUAGAGCUGGGGGAGGGGGCAAGAGAGUCUUUAAGUGAUGUUCUUGGAUUGAGUACACAGAGUACCCAUCACUGUAAUUAGGGAUUUGAGGCGGCAUGUCGUCAUCACUUGGGGUUGGGGUUGGCCACGGCAGGGAGAGCGUUUGUGUCAGGGUUUUCUCACAACAUAACACCGGAUUCGCUAGCCGUAUAGUCACUGCCUCGGCCGUUGCUAGUAUCCGUUGGCGUAGGCCUUCAGAGAAGCUUGUUGGUGUCCGAUAGACAACCUGAAAUGCUUCCUUAGCAUCGACUCGGUGAUCAGAACGCAUUGCAAAGCCCACUGUUGCGACUGUAAAAAAGAAAGAUGUAUUCAUAAGACUGCCUUUUGCAGGGGACGCAGCGAGCGAACUAGUCAGACGGCGCUUAGCUGCAGCCAUCACGAGAGCAUACUCCGCGGCGAAUUUACGCGUAUGUUUCACAAACUCUCCCAUCCUACGUUUGGGAGGGAAAGACAGACUACCGUUGGAGGCCACAUCAAUGUGCAUCUACUCAUUCACUUGCUCCUGUGGAGCGGGAUACAUCGGCCGUACAACGAGACGCCUGGUAAAGAGGGUGCGUGAAUAUAUGCCAGUCUGGCUAGACAGAGGUGAGACCCGAUCGAUUUCGAGUUUUAUUCUCGCACAUUUAAUCGAUACGGAUCACCGAGUCAAGGCCAAGGAAGCAUUUCAGGUAGUCUAUCGGACACCAACAAGCUUCACUAAAGGCCUACGCCAACAGAUACUAGCAACGGCUGAGACAGUGGCUAUACGGCUAACGAAUCCGGUGCUAUGCUGUCAGAAAACCCUAACACACGCGCUCUCUCUGCCGUGUCCAACGCCAACCCCAAGCGAUGGCGACAUGCCGCCUCAACUCCCUCAUAACAGUGAUGAUUACUUCGUGUACUCAAUCCAAGAACAUCACUCAAAGACUCUCUUACCCCCAUCUCCCAGCUCUACUACCCAAAACCCGCCGACCUCGUCAUGCGGGCGGCGUGGGUAAGAUGAGUGCUAGAGACUUAAUAGCCCUUGAGACACCUAUAAACACCGUUAGUUUUGUACAUUUUCAUCCCUUCCUGUAACUGUAUUGGUCUGACGAAGAAUUACCGAAAACACGUUUUUGUCAACUUGACUUUUUAAGUCUAACAUGGGAAUAUUGGCGGAACUUAGACAAUCCAAAUUAUCAUUUGUUAACUUUCAUAACGUUUUAUGCUAUUGUUUUGAGUUUGGGCACUAAAACUCUAUUAUGAUCUUUUGACAGCUUCGGAUACUUGGGUCAGAACGAUUGGAGCCCGACAUAGCUUGAUCCAUCGAAACCCGCUGUAUGAUGGCUCAGCAGUUUUGAUGGAUAAAUCGACUGAUUCAGCGAACUCACAGGAGUACAUAGAGCAUGCGUAUAAAAACGCCGUAUCACAAGUGACCUUGCGAUAAAUUCCAGGAGCGUCAAAGUUAGGGUUACGUCUUGGAUGGUUUGAGUACGAAAUAGGAACCCCGGCGGAGUCCAGAGCAACACCAGCCGUAGUACGAUGGGGAUCCUGGCCAGAUGUAAUAAGGGACCUGUAAUAAGGGACCGCUGAUAAUAGGGGCUUUUACAGGUGGGGCUGGGGAACGCACGGGCGACGAGGUCAAGUAGUUGUAUACAAAAGAAAAGCUAUUGGGAAUGUUCGGUUGUACUUUGAGUAGUUGAAAAAUAGUUGCCCUAAGCCCCAACCCUGACCCCUAUUUCUAACCCAAACCUCUAACCGUAACCCCUAACCCUCACUUCUAGCCUAAUCGCAACCCCAACAGUAUUGUGUCCAUUAGGUGGGGCUACAUAACCACAUCUUACCCGGAUUAUCCUUAUUACCGUGUCCAGUUUAGGAGCAUAACAUGACAGUUUGAACAUCUAUGCAGAGAAGGCGAAAUUUCGAGUAGUGUAUCGCAUUCGGUGUCAAAAGUGUCCUUGUAACUACACAGUGCAGAUCGGACGCAUGCUCGGAUCGCGCAUACACGAACGUAAGCUGGCUGUUCGACGAGGCGACACAUCAUCAAAAGUGUCCGCCCACACCUACGAAAUGGGUCACGAGUUUAACUUCGCAGCCAACAAGAAAGUCGCCCACGCCGGAAACAAGACAGGCCGAAAAUUGAUUGAAACCUGGGCCUCGGAUGAGAACUUGGUCAGUCGAUUUCUCGAUCUGGUGCCGGCGUACAGAGCCCUGCGCAGUCACCUGCGGUCCUGCGCAGUCGGUCGAGGCUUGACCUAAAGGCUUUAUAACUGUCGCUUGUUCUGUUGCUGCUACCAACUCUGACGACGGACUCCUGUACGGGUCUGAAAGCUCAGGACAAUAAACACAGUGUUUCGGUGCUCGACUCUUCUUCUUCACUUAUAUAUGCAGUAUCGAAGUAGCCGCGAUUAGUUUCCUUGUAGGGCUGGUCCGCAACUCAUGAAGACGAAACCUCCAGACUCUGCAGCCAGGCCAGUAUAGUUGUCGUUUACCGGGCCUUGUCUGGAGUAAAAGUCGUUCAGCUCUGCUGCACUGCAUACUUUAGAUCAUGAUGGUAUUUUGUCCUUGUCAAGGUAAUCCUUGCGGAACACAAGAACACCGAUGAGGUCUACGCCGUGAAGGUGCUGAAGAAGGAUAUUGUCAUCCAGGAGGACGACAUCGAGUGUACAAUGAUCGAGAAGCGUGUUUUGGCCCUGCAACAGAAGCCGCCUUUCCUCGUACAACUGCAUUCCUGCUUUCAGACGAUGGUAAGUCACUCCACUUACUUAUUAAUUUGAGCUAUUGGUCAUUGAACGUCUUCUCCUGCUCGUUUGGUAACUGGCUCGACGGCGAGUCUCCAUCUUGGCGAGGGAUACAGCGGUGCCACUGGCAUUGAUUAGAAGUCAGAUUGAAAACAGCGGUACAGACGCGAGCAGAAAAACGCAACACCACCCCCGUCAGCACGUGUUACUACCUAUAUGUCACGUGUUCUUGGGUCUUAAGGUUUGUGAUCGUCUGCUAUGCUAUGCUUCAGCAAACUUUGGCCCUCGCAGCUUGAUGUGAGCUAGCGGUUCUCUGGCAUCUGGUUACCUGCCGGUAGAUGUGCUAGCGCCCCCGCUGGGUAUACAGGUCGUAAGCAUGGCUGUCCAGUCAUCCUCGUCCGUUUGACACGUUGUUGUUGGUUAAAAUCCUGAUGACGUGUUUGUUGUAGACCAGGGUGUGUGGAGUGGGGCGAGUGUGGGUUCGGCCGCGCCAUCCAAUUGCUCCUCACCCAACUCCGGUCUUCUUGACUAUGUCCUGACAUUGGGCCCAGGUGGGGGGGAGGAGGGGGGAGUGCCGUAGAUGCCGCGCAAGUCACAGGACCUGCUUCACCUUGCUGUGGAGCACACAGUGGACAUCUUCGGCAUCGACAAGAAGGAAAUUCAACAGUGGGUGGGCUAAUAGAAGCGAAGAGAAUAGCUCCAGGAAGUAUUCUUGUAGCGAUCGUGUCUCCUUCAAGUGGAUGGGCUGUUCACGCUGACUGUCGAAUAACCGUGGUGUUCCAGAGUCACCUUCAGAGCAAAAACUAACUCCUCUCUUCCCUACGAUGAUGUACACCACUAUCGUUCACCCGUAGGGCACGGCGGGACGAGAGACUUCCACAAGAUCGAUCAGUGAGCGCCCCUCUACCAAUGCAUGUGACAUUUUUAACCAUAUUACCCAGCGUGCUACUGCCUUCAUGGCGGUCGUGCCAUCACCGAUACAAGUAGUUCUGAUGUCUAGUCUUCUUCGUUAUGAGUAGUUCAGUAAAAUUUGUGGUAUUUUAUUUCAAACACUCAGAUGUGUUUCACUGAGAAAAUAGCAAGUAGAGUCCGGUUGUCAACUGACGGGAUAUCUCGGUCCUUAGUUUGUGGGAUUGGAGGACUGUGGAUCAGACAUCUGUGGCACUCUUACUGUUGUGAGAUCUGAGCCGCCCUUCUUGUAGCCAGGCACCUCUGGAGUGCGGGCCGGGUAACGUGUGUGACACGCGUAGACGGGCUGUGCAGUUUUUCGGUCACCCCCCACCACCGGCCGUUUUCAUCCUAUCUUAGCGAUGUUGGAUGGGGUAGGGGAGAGUGCGGUAGAUACUGCGCAAGUCUGCACCAAUAUAGACUGAUCUAACCUCCAGUCACCGAUGCUGCUUCCGUUCCGUGGAGCGCGCGAUAUUCUCGUGAAAUGCACUUUUCCUCGCAGGAAAACACCUCGGUUCGUCGACACUUCCCCUCGCCCAGGAUGAUUUUGGGUGCAAAAGUUGCGCUGCACCGUUAAUGCGUGAUAAAUCAAGUGCGAUUUGUUAAAUUUGGAUUUAGAGACGAGCACACCUUUGCUCUAGUCUUUUCUUCUUUAAAAACAUGGUCAAAAACGGUCUCAAUCAAAGUCAGAAACGGUCCCCGAUAACUGACGGGUGAGUUUACUAGCCCGUAGGCGGCCUGUCUAGCCGCUGCACGCGCGCCCAUCUCCGGCCUCUUGGACACCGUCUUGCCAUCAGAUCAAGUCCGAUGGGGAGAAGAGAGUGCGAUAGAUGCUGUGCAAGUUCUCUUCAGUGUAGACAGUCACACGCAGGUAACCAGUGUUGUCACCACUCCAUGGGACACUUGGUGGACGCUGGCGCGUGCGACGAUCGGAAUGGGAAGUCACGUGACAGUAUCGACGAGGUGGAGGCGCCGUCUGACAUUGCGACUGUGUCAAGGUCAUCGCAGCCACGUCCAACAAGCCUGCACCACAAUUUGUAUCUGCCUUACUUAAUUCGUACAGCAUGCGCACUAGGUCAUGAGGUACUGCUUUUUUUGUUUCACAUGGAAACUUUUAAGACCGCUUAUUUCAAAAGGAUCACAGAAAUCGAGAGCACACAUUGUUACUACAUUAACACUUAGUACCCUGUGCUUCCGCUCAUUGUGAGUUCAGUUGCACAGGAAUGUUGACUUGCGUGUAAAGUAGUUUAUACUGAUAGUGGGCUUGCGCAACAUCUACCGCACCCCUCCUCCUCCCCCCUGCUCCCCCACUUGGACCCGAUGUCAAGACAGAGUUAAGAGUACCGAGAGAACGGUACCGAGAGAGUACCGGUAGAGAACGCAUAUAGUUGGUAGGGCGUAAACCCGCACACAGUCGUGCGAGCACACCUCCUGGUCCACAAGGUACAUUGACCAGAAUUUUGAACAACAAGAGAAUAGGGGGGGGGGGCGGCUUGGGUCCCACUAGGCCAUAGAGACCACAGAAAUAAGAAGCCAUUGCAGCAUGACGUUUAGACUACCAGUCGGCCCCCUCACACAAACACACAACACUGGGCUGACUGCGAGGUCCGGCUUAUCACGUUAGUUGGAAACCAUCCAAGCCACGGCUUUUAACGCACCGUGAUAGCUUCAAGCCUAUCGGGUCGUUCAUAAUGAGGAAAAUACGCUCAGACAUCGACGCCACUCUCUAUUCCUACUUCCAGGCCCCAGCCACUAGCCGAGUCGGUCAGUUGUCUGGUGCGGGGAAUGCGCUCGGUGGCUUACAUAGCUAGUGACUCAACUGCUUCCCUUAGCAGUUUCCAGUUAGAUUUCAUCUGCUAAUUUCUGUGCGAAAGCUGACAUUCCUUUGCGCUACCAUUUGGUAACAAUUUCUGCCGAGCGGACUUGAAAAUAAAUCCUGCACGCCACUCAGUUCGAUAGUACCACUGAAAAAUUCGCGAGCACAAGCCGCCGAUGAUGUUGAGAAAGUGACAUUUUGGUCAAAAACAGCAAUGUAAUAUUUUCUGACGGGACUUUACAUUGAGCGCAUACUCUGUAUUAGAAGAUGGAUAAGUGCAAUAUCAACGGGCACUUUUUAAAGAUGAAAUAAAAUGAUCGCCUGUAUCUACUAGACUACGUUUGAUGACACUGACUCAUCAAUUUCAUCUUUUUUUUCUGAGGAAAAGAAAAAGAGUACAAAUUCUGCAAGUUACAGUUAACAGAAGAAAAUAAAAUUUCCAAUAUUCACUUCCCAAUUUUUAAGGCUUUCCGUGUGUAAAACGGUCGUAGAAUUUAGAUCGAACCAACAUGGGUCUCUUCCCUUUCGCAGCGAACAUGGUCAGCAUUCUUCAGUCCAUUCCUCUGAUUCCCUUAAAGUCGAAAAUCUAUGGACUCUUUCCUUCUCUUGGGAGAGAGUUAAUUUGACAGCCUGUUUGCUCUCCUGCUUUACACUCGGAGAAGAGGUGAGAUUUGAGGGGAAAAAGGGAGUCUCUCACGCAACUACCUCGUUUCCCAGUGUUCUUGCGUAUGCUGUCGCACGUGCCAGAGGGUGUCUCAGUAGACUGACGAAUGCGCACAAAAUGUUACUGUUUUCUUCCUGGUCUCAGUGUCUGUCUCUACAUCCUGCCCUGUUUCGCUCUGGGUGGAAUUUCCUUCAGACGUCAGCAGUAAGUGAAGGGGAGGGGGAGGAAGGCAAGAAAGAAUAAUGCUCAGUAGCUUGUCCACCCCCCCCCUCCCACUGUCAGCUUGAGACCUAAGUGACUGUAAUUACCGGGCUAUUCUGACAGAUCUAAGUUAUUUUAUCCUGCAUACGCCCAACGGAAUUUCGACAAACGUCUUUAAUAAAAGACAGAAUAAUGCUUCUCUUAUAACGUUAAGAAUGCCUUCGUGUAGGUUGAAGCUGCUAAUGCUUUUUUUAAAAACAGCCUUCCCUUCUCCGCAAGUCGGAAGCGCGGACCGCGUGUACGUUCCGUAUGAUAUUGAGAUGAAACAGGUCUUCUGGUUCGACCGCCGACGAACACAGUCGGCAAAUUUUAGAAUCCAAGGUAGAAAAUCAGAUGAAAUGGCUACGCAGUUCCCGUCCAAUCCCGGUGUCUUGUCGGUUAAGAACGGUUAGAGUUAAUUUGACUUGAAUUCCCAUUCCUUAAGUCUAGAGACCUUACACAGGGCUCUGAGUAUCCUUUCAUCUGUGGACUGUACUAGAGACAAGCAUUAACUGGGAUCGAGAGACUGAUUCCUCGCGUUGAAACUGUCCGUGGGGAGGUUUGAAUAUGUUACCUCUGAUUGGACAAGAAAUCAUAAAAUGUUUCAACAAAUUGGUGAUUUCCAGAAUUCUUAGCAGAACUGUCCGCCGUGCGUUCCUUGUCGUUUUGUGAUACUUUAUUUCGUGGGUAAUGCUCCAUUUCGACGUUGCUGGCACUCAAGGCUUGGAACCUUCGUGUACCAAGUGCCUUCGUCUUAAAAAUUUUCAAUUUUAUGCUCCUCAGCUCAGGUAAUCACACCAAUGCAGUGUGCCAGUUCCUCGCUUUGUUAUCGCUUGCUUUAUCCAAAGAGGCCAGCCUUCUCCGUAUUGGUAUUCAGAAAAAUUUCAGGAAAGUUACCGUCUUUGGAAAUGUUCUAACGAAUAUCCUGUUUUCGGUAGGACUGACGUGUAUGACUCCCUUCCCCCUACACAGGACAUGACAUCAGGAACCGCCGAGCAAUACAUCUAUAAUUUACGAGAUGACUACCAGUGAAAUUAAAACGUGUUUUCAAAUUUUUAUGCCACGACUGCCCCUGCCGUUAUACAGGCCAGUCGGCAAGGUAACACAGCUCGAGAGUUGGCAAUAGUUGGCUGACUGCGGUCAAUAAGUCAGAAAUGGCCAUCUCAGUUCCUUUCAUAUCCCAUCCCGCAGCAUGCCUCCUAUCAGAGCUGUUCUUCUAAAAAAAAGCAAAAAUAAAGUUGAGAAUAAGGAGAUGUGAUCGGUGGAACAAGACCUAGCCGUCGUUUCGACUUCCUACUUGGGACCCAUCAUCAGAGACAGUAUGACGUAUGCACAAGAGGCGCAGUAUUUGUAGGGUUCAAUUGCUAUGCCGCCACGUGCAUGCUAUAAUUAGAAACUUUCGUGUGCAACGCCGGUGGUCGAAUUGGUGUGACGAUCGUUCGUUCGUCCGCAUCCUAGCCGGUAAUUGCUGCAACUUUGUCACUGGUGCUGUUUCGUGGCGUGAUAACUACUCACCAGGACCUCACGUUCCCGCUUCUAUCGCAAAAAGGAAGAUAUUAUAAUACACCGACAUCUAAUGCUUCUCAAGGUUUUAAGUGAAAAGUAGAAACGUCAUGUGUGGCCUCGCAUCCUCGUGGCGAGUCCUUUAAAAUGCCGCAUGUCACGUGCCAAUCGAUCGAUUUUGCGUCUGCUAAGGCGCCCUCCUACACGCUGGCAACUCCAGGACGGCCCGGUUGAACGAUGCUGCCGCCCAUAAAUAACGCCCUAAGUCGUUGUAAAUCUGCCAGUAAAAGUAACAGUAAAGACUCUAUUGUCGCACGCUUGCCUCGUGGCAUUGUCCACUUGGGGGAGUUAACUACUCGCUUUCCGAAGAGUCUAACCUACACACAGAUGCAGAAGUCAGGCUUCCUUCAAGUUCCCGAAAUCAUCAUCCUCAUCAUGGACAGGAUGGAUAAGUGUUUGCCGCCGUUAUCGGGUGUUUUGAAUGGAUGCCUACCGGAAACUGUGGACAAGUGUGAAGAUAUGCUCUCCACCUUGGUAAAUGGUCAGGCCUUCCGUUCGCCCUUCUCUGUCCGUGCGCUCGAUGAGGCCACUCCGGUGCAGCUGUGUGUUAUGCUGAAACUCUUCCUUCUACGCCUGGAACUGCCACCCUUUCUGGCCUCCAUGGAACUUUGUGACAUUCUGCGCAAGGAGCCCUUUAAAGUGACCCCAAAUAUUGGCAUGUGUAGGGCAGUGACAUACGAAAUACUCUCGAAGGAAUUAAAGGGCAGUCUGGUGCACUCCUCUCCAGCCCAGACGGCCACCUUUGCCUACAUGAUGGAAAGAUUCCAGCGUUGGUGUCACGAAGAGGUCGCCUUCCGACUCAAGCACGGAGACACCACGGUUGAUAGGGCCCAGGUGUUUGAAGACGCCGUCAACCUUCUGACGCACAUCUUUGGUCACUGUCUGGUGGGGUUGGAUCGUUCUUAUCUGGCGGCAUUGGUAUUUAAUAAAGUGGAAAAUUAUUCACCGGAACAAAUCAGACAUACCAUUCUUCGGCUAUGUCUGGGCUAUAUUGUAACCCGCUUCUGGCAUGAUAUCUCGCUCUACGGCAUUCUGGAGUCGAACCAGGGUCUGGUGACGAAAGCCGUUUCUAUUUUAAACACGGAUUCAUCUCUGGGAGGACACCGACCACACAAGUUGGCUUUGCAUCAUUGA